AUGCUCAUCGCCUCCUUCUUUUCUCGCACGCUGCACCCGAACACGAGAACGCGUCAGCAUCCAUCCGAAUUCGGCCUCUCAAUGGACGCACCGGCGCCAAAGUCGAUAUUCGCGCGCAAGCGCGACCUGCUGUACCUCUCAUUCUUCGCCAUCCACAUUCCUAUAGUCUUCUGCGUUGACGUGCUUCCUGUGUACCCCGAAUGGAUGAAGCCUGAGCCGCUGCUGGCCCUGCGCCAGUGGUACAUCGAUACCUACCAGGACCGCUUCUUUAGCGCUCCUCCCCCGUGGUUCUCCAUGUACAUAUGGAUGGAGCUUCUGUACCACGCCCCACUCUCCGCUUGGGCCGUCGGUGCCUUGAUGCGAGAUGACCCCAAGGUGCCCAUCCACCUGCUCAUCUACGCCUGUCAGACCGGCAUUACCACCAUGACCUGUAUCGCCGAGUAUCUCAGCUGGGACUCAUUCACAAACGAACAGAAACUCAGCUUGAGCGGCCUCUAUGUGCCAUAUCUUGCUCUUUCUGUGUUCAUGGGCGUCGACAUGUUCCGACGCCUCGAAAAGCGAUCGGCCCCAGGCGCCACUACUACACCCACAAAGAAACAGCUGUAG